CUAGAUCACCCAUAUCUAAUGGCAUUAGAUAUCUGGGAGCUAGGUAGGGCCCGGGAAAGGAUUCGGAGGACCCGGGUAGUGAAUUGCUAUGAUAACUGGCUUGGUGCUGAACACUGCUGGCAAGGGGAAAAUCCCAGGCGCAGACGGGCCAUUGAGGAUGCCAAUUGGGACCAGAUUAUUGAGGGAAGGUGCCUACUCUUAGGGGAUUUCAAUGCACAUAGCCCUGUAUGGAACCCCCGGGCAAGGGCUCGGACUAAUGCAGGCCCCAUGGAAGCCUUAAUUGAAGGAUUCAACCUCUAUAUCAAUAACGAUCCAGAUACCCCGACUCGGCCAAAGUCAACACCAGGGGUAUCAAUCAUUGACCUGUCCCUAACCACACCAGAAGUAGGGCCCCUCCCUAUAUGGUUUGUGGAUUGCGAUCAUCCUACAGGGUCAGACCAUGAGGUCAUAGUUAUGGAAUGGGAACCCAUAAAGAAAGCAUCUACAAAGACGGUUAAGGAAGCAACUGGCUGGCAGUUACAGGCCCUUCAGGCAGACAGGGAAGCCUUAGAGAAGGCUACACAGGCUUGGAAGGAACUCGCUGCUAGCAAUCCACCCCUAACAGAUGCCUGUUCAGAGGAGGAUAUAGAAAGGGAGGCUUCAUGGAUCCAAGAAUCUAUGACAGCAGUCCUGAACCGUUUCGCCAAACCAAUACGGGUAUGUCCCUACUCAAAACGCUGGUGGCAAGCAGAAAUCAAGCUGGCCCGAGGGGCGUAUGCCCAGGCAAGGCGGGCAUGGCAGACAGGGACCUUAGGGGAUAGGGAACAUCGAGAAGCUCGGAACACCUACUAUAGAGCCAUACGCCGGGCAAAGCGGGAGUGCUGGGAAGCCUUUCUAGUAGGGCCUCUGGAAUCUAGGGACCGCCUAGGCCCAGAGGAUGCUACCCGAUGCUGGAAGGCCCUCCGGUAUACCACCCCGAAAGCUUCAAGUACGACCCUACCCUCCGGGGCCCCUAGGGCCAGGUGGCGACCACUAUUACUGAGAAGGAGGCCCUAG